AAAAAAUAUACAAAUAUGAUAAAUGAUUUAGAUGUUAACUUAUGUCCUAUUUAACCUUUCGAAUUGUAUACAAAUCAUCAACUAUAUUCGGAAUAAUAGUUGGAAUGUGAUAAUCGUUCAAGAAAGAUAAGAGUUAGUUCAUAAUAUUUAUUUUUAAAAAAGUACUAUUUAUAGAUAUCAUUUUAGAAAAAUUCGUCACAACAAAUCCAGACCUUCAAUUUUGAGGAUUGAAGAGGGAGUGAGAAAUGUAAAACUAUAUAAUGUAGUCACAAGUUAAACAAAUUUGGAUAACAUGAAUUAAUAAAGUUAAUCACUAGUGAAAUUCAACUGAUAAAAACUGUAACCAAU